GCGGCUGGGCCAUGGCCUUCGCGGAGCUGCUGGACGCGCUGGGCGGCGUGGGGCGCUUCCAGCGGCUGUUCACGGCCGCGCUGCUGCUGCCCUGCGGGCUGCUGGCCUGCCACACCUUCCUGCAGACCUUCACGGCGGCGGGCGCGCCCCACCACUGCCGGGCCGCCCCCAACCUCACGGCGCCCCCCGCCAACCUGUCGGGGGCCUGGCUGCGGGCCACGGUGCCCCUGGACGCGCGGGGGGCGCCCGAGCCCUGCCGGCGCUACACGGAGCCCCAGUGGGCGCUGCUGCUGCACCCCAACGCCUCUGCGCCCGGGGCGCCCACCGAGCCCUGCGGGGACGGCUGGGUGCACGAGCGCCGCGAGUUCCCGUCCACCAUCGUCACCGAGUGGGACCUGGUGUGCGAGGCCCGCAGCCUCCGCGACCUGGCGCAGUCCGUCUACAUGGCCGGGGUGCUGCUGGGCGCCGCCGUGUUCGGGGGCCUGGCCGACAGGCUGGGCCGCAAGGCGCCGCUGGUGUGGUCGUACCUGCAGCUGGCGGUGUCUGGGGUGGCCGCGGCCUACUUGAGCUCCUUCGCCGCCUACUGUGCCUGCCGCUUCCUCAUGGGCAUGACGUUCUCUGGCAUCAUCCUCAACUCACUCUCCCUGGUGGUGGAGUGGAUGCCCACACGGGGCCGCACGGUGGCGGGCAUCCUGCUGGGCUACUCCUUCACGCUGGGGCAGCUGGUCCUGGCGGGCCUGGCCUACCUGAUCCGGCCCUGGCGCUGGCUGCAGUUCGCCGUCUCCGUCCCCUUCCUCGUCUUUUUUCUCUACUCGUGGUGGCUGCCCGAAUCCUCCCGGUGGCUCCUCCUUCAGGGCAAGUCGCAGCUGGCGCUACAGAACCUUCGGAAGGUGGCCGCCAUGAAUGGGAGGAAGGAGGAGGGCGAGCGGCUGACAACGGAGGUGGUACGCUCCUACAUCCAGAGUGAAUUCACCAGCGUGCGUACCUCCAGCUCGCUGUGGGAUCUCUUCCGGACCCCUGCCAUCCGCAAGGUCACGUGCUGCCUUAUGGUGGUCUGGUUCUCCAACUCCCUGGCGUACUAUGGGCUGGCCAUGGACCUGCAGAAGUUUGGCUUUAGCAUCUACCUGGUGCAGGUGCUGUUCGGGGCGAUAGACAUCCCGGCCAUGCUGGUGGCCACCUUCACCAUGAUCUACGUGGGCCGCCGUGCCACGGUGGCCUCCUUCCUCAUCCUGGCCGGUCUCAUGGUCAUCUCCAAUAUGUUCGUGCCCGAGGACAUGCAAACCCUGCGCACGGCCCAGGCAGCUCUGGGCAAAGGCUGCCUGGCCAGCUCCUUCAUUUCUGUGUACCUGUUCACGGGGGAGCUGUACCCCACGGAGAUCAGGCAGAUGGGGAUGGGCUUCACCUCCGUCAAUGCCCGCCUCGGGGGGCUAGCGGCACCCCUGCUCAGCACGCUUGGGGAGUUCAACGCCAUCCUGCCGCCCGUGGGUUUUGGGGCCACCUCCAUCCUGGCCGGCCUGGCCAUCUGCUUCCUGACGGAGACCCUCAACAUGCCCCUGGUAGAGACCAUCGAGGCGAUGGAGAGGAGAGCCAGAGAAGGCCUUUCCACCAAGGAGGCCGAGGACAAGAGUGAAGAGAUCUCUCUCCAGCAGCUGGGCGCCUCUCCCCUCAAAGAGACCAUCUGAGCCUCAGGGGGCUUCAAAGUGUGGCUCCAGCCCCUCCUGCACCCGAGACCCUGGGUGGGGGAGU